AUUAUUAAUCAUCACCUUCAAAAAAAGUAUAUAAAAGCCUUCAAAUAUGGUUCACCAUCAACGAUCCCAAGCAGUUUUAAGCAAAAGAAUGAAGAAAGUUUUCUGCUUUCUGCUCAUAACAACUGCCCUCCUCGCCACCGCAGGAGCCGGCAACAUAGCCAUCUACUGGGGCGCAAUGGACAACGAAGGAACCCUCUCGGACACCUGCGCCACUAAAAACUAUGCUUUCGUCCUCAUAGCCUUCCUCUACGUCUUCGGCAACGGCCAGACUCCCGUCCUCAACCAGCUCCCCAAUCACUGCAAUCCCGCCGGCGGCGGUUGCACCGCCCUAACCGACGACAUCCGCGCCUGCCAAUCUCAGGGCGUGAAGGUCCUCCUCUCCAUCGGAGGCGGCGAUGGCUCCUACCUCCUCACCUCCCAGGACGAUGCGCGCCAAGUGGCUGACUAUAUCUGGAACAACUACUUAGGCGGCCGCUCCUCAUCCAGGCCGCUCGGCGACGCGGUGCUCGACGGAGUGGACUUCGACAUUGAGAAAGGUAGCCCCGAUCACUACGAUGACCUCGCGCGCUACCUCUCAGCUUACAGCAAACAGGGGAAGAAGGUUUACCUCACGGCGGCGCCGCAAUGCCCUUAUCCGGAUGAAUGGGUAGGCAAAGCGCUGGACACCGGUCUAUUCGACUACGUUUGGAUUCAGUUCUACAACAACCCCCCGUGUGAGUAUAAGGAAAGAGGAUCUGGGAACCUCCAGGAUGCUUGGAAGAUAUGGACGAAGGGGAUUCAGGCGAAGCAGUUCUUUCUUGGCCUGCCGGCAGCGCCGGAUGCGGCUGACGGCGGGUUUAUUCCGCCAAAAGAGUUGACUUCUCAGGUCCUUCCGGAGUUGAAGGAGUCGAGCAACUAUGGAGGAGUGAUGCUGUGGUCUAGAUGUUACGAUAUAGAGACUGGCUAUAGCCCGGCCAUUGUAUCCUCGGUUUGAGAUCGUUAAACAAGCUAUUAGCCUAUAAUAUAAAUUAAUAUGUAUGAUUUGUGCAUAGACUGCUUGUGAGUGAAGCGUUGGCAAGUGUGGGUGGAUAUGUAAAUAUAUAAGUUACCUAGUCGUUGUUGAUGUUAUAUAUAAAUCCUGUUUAUGUUUUUCAGAAUGAUAUCAACAAUGGUGUCUGGUGCAGCCCAGGCGCGACAAAGGGAAAGAAAAGAAGAAAUAUGAUUAAUUAGACGGUGGAAUAUUGUUCAGUUGUGGUAGCAGUCUUGAUAGAGGGCCAUGUAUCUGUCAGCAUUUAAUCCGUUUU